ACUUUUAGACUUCCAAAGACCACCAAUUCUUAGUCACUGUUUUCUUGGGUUUUCAGGCCAAAUGAAAAAGGAAUUGGUGUGUUAGAAAUCUGAGUUCUGCUGAUCUGAGGAACCAACUCUUACAGAGUUAAUAGUCCCUUUUUUAAAAAUAGCCCCAGUCUGAAGUAUUUAUUCAGUUAGGUUUGUAUGUAGGUUUCUGAAUUGUAUGUGAGGCCUCACAGCUUCUUUGUUCAGUUUCCAACUCAGGAUUCUAGAGCGCUUAACAGAGCUUUCCUUUUUAGUAGGAAGGUCUAAAGCAACCAUUCCUCCCCACCCUCCAUAUGCUUCCAUUUUAGAUGUCUGUAUCCUAGAAGGGAAUUGGCUUUAUGAACAUCUUGUGUGAAAGGCAUUUUAUCAGAUAGCAUAUGAAAUUAAAUAUGUGUAUAGAACCAUAGAUAUAACUAUAUUACAAAAUACUUAGAGUGCAUGUUCAUGUUGCUUUAUGAAAGUAGAUAAGACAUGUUUCCUUGCCCCAGAGAAGAGAUCAAGGAUUGUUUACCAAAAACUUUGUGCAGUCUUUAGAGCUGAAUAAACAAAUGUUUUAAUGGCCUUCUAAAAAGCUGAUUUAUUUCCGUUUGUUGAGAAGUACAACUAUCCAUUUAAAGGAAGCUAAUUACACAAACCUUUCUCUUAGUAGGGGGAAUUACAGGAAGCCUGCUUGAGAUAAAAAAUGGGCAAAGAAUCCUCGAAACUAGAGAUGGAAAAAAGACCUGCUGUAUCAGGGCAUCUGGUACAUUUCGCAGUCAGUGCCUAGACACUCACAAAGAGAGUUAAGGUUUACAUAGGUGCCAGCAGGAAUCUGGGGAGUGAAAUAUACAGCAUUAAAAAUCAUGUGACUUCUACAACAGCCAAUCCACGGUCGUUUCCCUAAUGUCCAAAAGCACUUUUUUGUUAUGCUCUUAGAAUAGCAGGAUCUCCUGAUUGAUUGGCUGUUGCGGAAGCUAUUGUUUCUCCUGCUGGAUUUCUGCAGAAUAAUAAGUUGGUGAGGAAGGAAGAGAGAUGAUACUUUUUUGUACAUAUAAGUUUAAACAGAAGAUAUUGACUAUGGUCAGGGGAAAGGAAUUAAACUAUUGAUGAUAAACUAAUACUGUCACUAUCAGCGGAUCUCCUCUGUAUAAUAGUGUGAUGUGGGUCUCAGAAUACCCCUAUCUUUGCUGCUUGAUACUUUCUUUUGUUCCACUUUUAUGGCUUAUGCUUAACCAUACAGCUUUCCCCAGCAGUAUGUGUUAAGUUAUACCAUCUAUUUUAAAUGGCCAUACUGUUAACAUGUGAAGAAAGUGGGGAGGGAGAAGCUUCUAGCAUCCAGACUGGAUGAUUCUAAACCCAGCCCCGCAUGCUCAUGUCGUUUCAGUUUAAUGUACAGUUGUGUGUUUUAAUCCAGUCUCUGAUUCCUGUAAAUCCCCAGGCUUAGUGUUUUUGGAGUCCUGAGGGAAGGGCUUGGAGAAAUAAUAAGAAGACCAGUAAUUAAAUGGGGUCACUGGAUAUGAUGCUUAUAUGAACUGAUGGAGCAGAGUGGAGUUGCAUAGCUUGACAGAUUAGCUGUUGUUAGAUAAUUCUCCUCAGGGGAUUUAUAGUGCAGAUGGUCAUUACUUCCUUUAUUCACUUAAUAUGCAUUCUGGAUGAGUUCAAGGAGGUAGGAGUGGUUUGGGGCUGAAGCCCCAGACUCCCCAUAGAGAAGAGUUAGAGAACUCUGAGGUCCAUCAGUGAAGCUAGUAAGAGGGGCUUUGCAGCACUGUCCUGAGAUUUGAGAAGAAGUCCAGGUGUAAAUCCGUCACAUUCAUCCCUCAGCAGAGAGACAGGGAUUCAGUAAUUGAUGCCCAGUCUCAGUUGGGCCAGUCCCUUCCUUCGCCCUUCCUCAGAACGCUUGGGCUGAGGGUAGGGUUGGCAUGGUCCAGGAUCCCGUCAUUUCCCCUUUCUUCCAUUGCAGGCAUCUUUAAAUUCUGAGCAGCCAAACCCUACUGUAUCCUUAAUCCCUCCUGUGCAGUAGCUGCUGGCAUGGCAACUCGCCAUGUAUGUUUGUAUGUCAGUAUUUCACCAGGUCUCAGCCAAGAGGAGGGGCAGGCUCUCAUCCAUGGGUAAUAGUCCGGUAUUUGCGUCUUGGUGAGUGUAAUGGGGUCAGUAGGACGGAAGAUAAGAGAAAUGUAAGGCUUCUUACUUAGAGGAGGUCAGUUUUGUGUAGCCAUGGAGAAGUAUGGCUUUAUAUAGCACUGAAAUCCAUCUCUCUCCCUGGGAACUUCACCUAGGAAGGUGAGUCUGUCAUGACAUGGUUUUUGCACCAAAGGGGGUAGCCCUCACCACAUGUUCCCUUUCCAUGAACUUUAUCUGAAUGUACAGUAGUAUCAACAUUAAACAAUGGAAUUAUAUUUUCAAUGUUCAUUCACUUCUGGGGUGCAGGUUGGCUGUUCAAUUCACUCCACUCCUUUGUAAAAUCUUGGGGAAAUAAACCCCCGCCGCCUUGAUCUAGGAUGUGGUAAGUUCUUUGAAAGGAGAGAGCUAAAUGGGCUGUUUCCAUUGAAAUAGACUGUGCUGAAAUGUGUAUUUACCUCACAUACUUUUGAAGGAAGAGUGGACUAAAUGGUGAGUGCAGAUGAAAUUUGUUUGCUCUGGCCUUUCCCUCAUCCAUGGUAAAUGUGAAGUGGGGGUGGGGUCCUUUGGAGAACAAGAUGAAAAUCACAACAAAGAGGAAAACCCUGUGCAGGCUCCUUGUGUGUAGGAGCCCCUGCAUGUCUGGAAUGUGAGGAGGAGGAGAAAAAGUUUGUUAGACAGCAGUGUUCGUCUCCUGGCCUUUCUGUACCAGUACUGUAUUUUUUCCCUUGUCACAGAUUCUGGAACUUACAUGCAUGCUGAGCAUUUCUUGUGAUCUUGGUGGUGAAAAUGAUUUCCACUUUGGUCUGAUUAAGUGUUUUUAAAGGGACACUGUUGAUUUAAAUCACACUUCUGUUGAAAAUUUGCACCUUUUGUUAUUGCUAGCAACUCCUAAUAUUCCUGUCUGUGACAGAGAGGAAAGGUUUCGGCUAUUUUUCCAGAUUUUUCUUUGUGAAUUUUGACACUUUCCCUGUAUAUAGUCAGUUUCCCCUUUUCAUCUGGGUAUUUCACAUAGCAGCAGAAGAGAGAGAGAAGCAUUGUAAAACAUAGGACAGCAUGAUUAUAAAACCACAAAAGCUAAUAAGAUUGUAAUUUACUAGUGUCCCUUUAAUAUACAGUUGCAAAAAAUCAGUCUAUACCUGAAUCUUGUAACAGAUCUGUGAUAAAGAAUUUGUCUCCAAUAUGUUUCUAUUAAAUGAAUUUCCUCCUGAAAGAUUCUCUCGGGCUGGCACUAAAUGUGGUUCCAAAUGUUGCCCCUCCCUCCCAUUUUCUCUUUUUCCCCCUCAGCAUAAUAUAUAACCUCCUAACCAACCUUGGGUUAAUGCAGCAAAGUCCUUACUGACUCACUCCACAUCACUUGUGGCACUAGUAGGGUGGGCAUGCUUUGGAGAUACUAAACUGCUGUCUAGCUUAGUUUUGACUUAAAACAUUAGUGUUUAACCAUUUUGCUUAAAUAUUGAACCAUAAAAUAUUUCUGGUGUUGGACUUGACACAGAAGUCAGGUGUAAGCUCAGUUCUGAUCUCUGCCUCUGGGUUCCUGUUGCUGCCAGUUUCCCUCAUUAGCAAUCCAGGGGCAGCCAAGAAACACAGGAAUGCCAGUUUUUAGUCAACAGCUUUCAGAUAUAAUUUGCAAUAUGGAAGAGGACUUCUCACCCUAUGAAAAUUCCGAAAGCUGUGCCAGACAAAAUGGGCAUGCAGUCUUCAAGACUGCAAAAAUCCCUCUUGCCCCCAUGGUACUGGCGGUUUGGCUUCUGAGUUCUGCUGGAUGUAAAAAUUGUUGAAGUACUGCGCACUGUAUAAAGCAUCUAUUGAACUUCUGCAGAGCCUGUUUCUCAAGCUGGCGCUGGAACUUUUGUUUCAUUGCAGGGAUGUAUAUCUAUAAAGGAACGUUCUUUCCCUUUUUCUGUCUUUGCCUUCUCCCUCGCUGGACAGUGUGGGAUGGAAAGGGUGUUCCUGAGAUGGGUGUUGGUCUCUAACUGGACUGUAUGAGAUAGAAAAGAUGUUCCCUCCCUUUCCUCUCCUCUGUUCCCAGACUGGAUGGUGUGAGAAGGAAAGGGUUUUCUGGCAGAGUGAGUGUUUGCAUACACAUCUGCUUGCUCAGUAGCCCAGAACUGAUCUAGCUGCAGUUACUGCAGUGCAGAAUUGAAGCUAUGAGUUAUCUCCCUCCUCCUCUUCUCCGCCAUCCCUCCUCCUCCUCCCAGCCUCGCAUUCAGGCUGGCUCUUGGGAUAACUGUGCAUGGCCAGCCGGCUGCAAUUCUGAUAAUAGUGCAUUAGUUCCUAGCAGCCUGAGACUGCAGGGUGUUCAUUUGGGAGUUGAGCUUCGAUGGCAACCUUGGCUAGAGAGGAGCAGGGGCUGCUUGUAGGCAGAGGUUGCUUUUGUCUUGCACAAAGCUGCUUUUGCAGAGGGUUGCUGAAGUGUGACACAAUGCCUGUUUGUUUGCAAUAGCUGGGAACCUCGUAGCCGAGUUGCAAGUGGGAAAGACAGAGAGGGAAGCCGGAGACAAACCAGCGGGGGAAUUAGGAGCUGUGACGUCGUGUCCUCCCUCCUGUGCCGAAGCGAGCAAGGGAAGGGGAGGUAGAGGAAAAAAGAGAGAGACUGAGACUUACGACCGACCGCCAUCCUGAUGAUGUGUCAGUCAAACACCCUGCAGGGACCAGAUCUGCACACAGGGAAAUGGUGAGAUGCUGUAAAGCUUUAUCUAACCCUCCUCCCUCUUGCUACAACCUCCGCAAAGUUAAAAUUCAUGUCCGACGGCUACGUUCAGGGAACAGCGGCAGCUGUGCCGGGGAGCAGCACCCGCAACUGGAGAGUCCAGGCCCAGCUGGCUCUGCCGGGGGCACACCAAAUAGGAGAGCCCGUUUCAGGUUGCAAUUCCCCCAGCUGGCCCUGAGGCGGAGGUUGGGCCAGCUGAGCUGUAUGUCUAGGCCUGCUCUGAAACUCCGUUCUUGGCCUCUGACUAUUCUCUAUUAUCUUCUGCCUUUCGGUGCUCUUAAACCCUUGACCAGAGUGGGAUGGAGGCCUGUGAGCAGGGUUUCUCUGUACAAAUCGGUACCAACACGACUGCUUUCACGAGCCUGGGGUCGAUUGAACCAGGUCGAGCUGCCCACCUGGCUCCGGAAGCCUGUCUACAGCCUGUAUAUCUGGACAUUUGGAGUGAACAUGAAGGAAGCAGCUGUCGAAGAUCUUCAUCACUAUAGAAACCUCAGCGAGUUCUUCCGCAGGAAGCUGAAGCCCCAGUCCCGGCCAGUCUGCUGCUAUCACAGUGUGAUCAGUCCCUCAGAUGGAAAGAUUCUGAACUUUGGACAAGUGAAAAACUGCGAAGUGGAACAGGUGAAGGGUGUCACCUACUCGCUGGAGUCCUUCCUGGGGCCGUGCACCAGCACGGAAGACAUGCAGUUUAGCCAAACCUCAUCCUGCAGCUCAUUGCAGAACCAGCUAGUCACAAAGGAGGGGAACGAGCUCUAUCACUGUGUCAUCUACCUGGCGCCUGGGGACUAUCACUGCUUCCACUCACCCACCGACUGGAGAGUGUCGCACAGACGCCACUUCCCAGGCUCCCUGAUGUCUGUGAAUCCUGGUGUUGCCCGCUGGAUCAAGGAACUCUUCUGCCAUAAUGAGCGGGUUGUACUUAGUGGUGAUUGGAAACAUGGCUUUUUCUCCCUAACAGCGGUAGGAGCCACAAAUGUUGGCUCCAUCCGCAUCUACUUCGACGGGGAUUUGCGUACUAACAGCCCCUGUUACUCCAAAGGCUCUUACAAUGACUUCAGCUUCAUAACCAACAAUAACAAGGAGGGCAUCCCCAUGAGGAAAGGAGAACAUUUAGGGGAGUUUAACCUGGGCUCGACCAUCGUUCUGAUCUUCGAGGCACCCAAGAACUUCAGCUUCCAUCUCAAACCUGGACAGAAAAUCCGCUUUGGAGAGGCUCUGGGGUCCCUUUAGAAACUACAAGAGGAUUUUAUAUACAAAGGAACUCAAACUUCCAAGAAAAAUGGUUCAGUAAUGGAAAAUAUCACUCAGCAGGACCUGGGUGAGGAAAAUAUUCAACAACACUGCUGUGUAAAACUGGGGUAGGAGUAUGUGCCCUAUAUCACAUACCCAUGCUGAGAGCAGUAAAAUAAUCAGAUGAUCCAUAUACAUAUCAGGUACAGAUGCCUUUAAGAAUGUUGACCAGGGUGGUUUCUAUCCUAUCCUGUGCCUACAGUCUUUCGCACUCUCCCCUUCAAUGUGUUGCAAACUAGUUACAUUCAUACAGAGCCUGUAGGUCCCUAUCGGGGAGGGGUGAAGGCAGAGAGAUUAGCUACCUUUAAAGGGACACUGAUAGGUUGACCUAGACCUAAGGUUUCAGUUCUGUAAAAUGUGGUUUUCAAACUUGCAGUCCUCAGAAGUGUCUAAUGCAAACAUGACAUCAAAGUAUAGAAGCCAAAUUGCCUAGUCUUACUUUCAUUGUCCAACCUAGGUGAAAUGCACAAUGUAAAUUAAUGACAUCAGUGCUGAAACCAGUACAUUAGACUCAAAUUCUGUUUAAUAACAUACUGAUAACAGGUAUGGAAACUAAUUUUUAAAUGCCUUUUAACCUGUUGUUGUCCCUUUAAAACUGGGGUUUGCACUGUAUUUUAAACCUGAAAACACUGUGUCUACAUUCCAUGUGGUUGAACUUGUCAUCUUUUUGAAAAAAGUGUAUUUUUUUAGCUUGCAGCAGUCAGACUGUUGCAUAUUCUUCUCCCAAUCCAUAGUUUUAUUUUUGCCAUUCCAGGCCUUAAGGAUUUUUUGUUUGAGUGGUAAUUACUCUCCUCAGUCACCCAAAAACUACUGAGAGAUUAAUCUUGUGACAUAAAACAGUAACAAGUGGUUAAGAGUCUGCUCCCUUCUCAUUGCAUAGGGCAGUUUCCAUCAAUACAGAACUCCUUCUCCAUUGCAGUAGGGAUGCAGCCAAAGUAUGUUUCCCCUUCUGCUGUACAGAUGCUGCUGCUUAUUGUGUUGUGUCAUAACCUUCAGGGGCUGACAUUGAGGUCUUGAUGUGGGAAUUUCUCCCUGUACAAAACAACUUAGUGCACGGAGUGAAAUGCCAUGGGCACUGACUGUGUAUUAAAAACCAUUAUGGACCUUUGGGGCAAUCCAAGAUGCUCCCCAUGUGCACUAACUUGCUUUUCUAUCCUUCAGUGGACUUGCAAAUAUUUGUUUAACUUACAAAAAAAAAAAGCCAAACUUCCAUUUUUCUUUUGCACUCAUAGCUGGGGCUGAGUGCUCUAGCUUCAUCCUGCAGCAAUUUUAGUCUCUGUUAAUUCAUGCCAAGAAGGGUUAGAUGGAAAUAGUAACAACCGCCUUCAUUAAUGUAUGGAACAUGACACUAAGAAUAGGAGUUUUAAGCUUCACAUUACCAGUAAUGGGAUUAACAGCAACUGGUGCCAAAAGUGUUGAGCAACUCACUUCUGCAAUGUAUUGUUUGUUCUUACUGAAUAAAUUCUAUUUUGAGCCAA